AUGAAUAUUGAGGGCGGUCUCGGGCAGAGACGGCGGCGGGGCAGGNCCGAGGUGGGGGGCUUCCUGGGCUCCCUGGACCUGCACGGCUUCUCGUCGUCGCUGGGCACCGCGCCGCUGGCCGACUCGCCGGGCUUCCUGACCGAGCGGCUGGGGCAGAUCGAGGGGCGGCUGCAGCGGGGCUCGCCCACCGACUUCGCCCACCUGAAGGGCAUCCUGCGCCGGCGGCAGCUCUACUGCCGGAUGGGCUUCCACCUGGAGCUCUUCCCCAACGGCACCGUGCGCGGCACCCGGCAGGACCACAGCCGCUUCGGAAUUUUGGAGUUUAUAAGUUUGGCUGUAGGACUGGUUAGUAUCCGUGGAGUGGAUUCUGGCCUUUAUCUUGGAAUGAAUGAGAGAGGGGAGCUGUAUGGAUCGAAGAAGCUCACACGGGAGUGUGUUUUCCGCGAGCAAUUUGAAGAAAACUGGUAUAAUACCUAUGCCUCGACCCUCUACAAGCACACUGAUUCCGAGCGACAGUAUUACAUUGCCUUGAACAAAGAUGGGUCUCCCCGAGAAGGAUUCAGGACUAAGAGACAUCAAAAGUUUACUCAUUUUUUACCUAGGCCGGUAGAUCCUGCUAAGAUACCUGCAGUGUACAGAGACCUUCUCCGCUACAGGUGAUACUCCCUGCAGCUUGAGAGCCUAUAUGGGUGUGAAUGCACAUGAUGGUGUAGCAUACACACAGUUGGGUUUCCAAAGUUUUUGCUGGAGCACUAUAAACCUAUUCCUUUCACCCCUCCUGCAAGCCUAGUUAACGCAUAGAGAAGCCCUUGCCUUGAAUCCCUUGGCUUCCAAAGAAGGGUACAAGAAGGAUGGAUUGAGUCCCCAGGGAGCACAACAGGAUGGGGCAGAGCUUGGAACCCUACAUAGGAUCGUUUUCCAAUUACAUGUACAGUUUGGUGGGCUAAGAAGAGGAAGCCGUUCACACUGAGCAGAAGAGAUUGUGCUUGACAACCACCAGCAGCAUUGAUCCUGAGCUAUGCAACCGGGCACAGAAGAAUUCAGAAAUAAUUUGCAUUGUGCUCAAAAAGUUGGAAAGCUUGCUUGCUAAGCUGGUCCUUUGCGACUUGCCAGAUAUUGGUGAUCCAAAAUCUGAGAACUCAUGGGCUUGCAUGGUAGUAAAAGUGGAGAAUCCAAAUCUAUUGGAUGUUUGGCUCCUCAGGAAGAUGUGCAUGAAUGUGGCUUUAUAUGUGCAAGCGCACACUUUGACGUGCUUGUGUUUCCUUCCGUUGGAGUCUGAUAGCAGAAAGGAGGAGGUGAGAUCAAAGAACAAACAUUUUUAAGAUGGAAACACAACACUGUUCGUAAGGACAAAUCUAUUUAUAAAGUGUAUAAUAUAUUUAUUUUAUAUAUUUAUUUAUUUCAAAUAUAUAUAUAAAUAUAUAUAUGUGUGUAUUAUUUUUUAAAUGAGAGAUAUUAUGAUCCAACUUUCUUCAGAAAGAAUAAGGUCCUACUAAUGUAGGAAAAAGAGGAAGGGACUUUAAAGAGGUUUAUCAGCAAUAAAAUGUCU